AUGCUGCAGUGCCUGACUUCAGAAAGUGAGGAAGGGGCAGAUUCCCAAGAAGGGGAGGACAGUUCCACAGAAGAUCUAAAGGAAGUCGUCACCCUGGCUUUUAUGAGAGAGAACAUGCAGAAGACACUUCAAAAUGCCCAUCAGCAAGGCAAGAAGAAGAAAAAAAGAUGAUUGGUGAUCAAUCUAUCCAACUGCCGGUAUGAGAGUGUGCGUAGGGCGGCCCAGCAGUAUGGCCUUAGAGAGGGCGGUGAGAAUGAUGACUGGACUCUCUACUGGACUGACUUCUCUGUGUCGCUGGAGCGGGUGAUGGAAAUGAAGAGUUACCAGAAAAUCAACCAUUUCCCUGGGAUGAGUGAAAUCUGCCGCAAGGACCUGCUGGCCAGGAACAUGAGCCGUAUGUUAAAGAUAUUCCCUAAGGACUUCCAUUUUUUCCCUAGGACCUGGUGUCUUCCUGUUGACUGGGGAGAUUUGCAGACUUACAGCAAAUCAAGAAAAAAUAAGACAUACAUUUGCAAGCCGGAUUCAGGCUGCCAAGGGCGAGGUAUAUUCAUCACCCGGACAGUGAAAGAAAUCAAGCCAGGGGAGGAUAUGAUCUGUCAGCUCUAUAUUUCAAAGCCCUUCAUCAUUGAUGGGUUCAAGUUCGACCUUCGGAUUUAUGUGCUGGUGACGUCCUGUGACCCUCUCCGGGUUUUUGUGUACAAUGAAGGACUGGUCCGCUUUGCCACCAGCAGUUACUCCCAUCCCUGCACAGACAAUCUGAAUGACAUCUGCAUGCACCUGACUAACUACCACGUCAACAAGCACAGUUCAAACUUCGUUCAGGACGCUCACUAUGGCAGCAAGAGGAAACUCUCCACCUUUAACGUGUACAUGAAGGCCCAAGGCGUCGAUGUGGAGCAGAUGUGGAAGUCCAUAGAGGAUGUCAUUAUUAAGACGCUCAUCUCAGCCCACCCCAUCAUCAAGCAUAACUAUCACUCCUGCUUCCCUAGCCACACGCUCAACAGCGCCUGCUUUGAAAUCUUGGGCUUCGACAUCUUGCUGGACCAUAAGCUCAAACCCUGGCUGCUGGAGGUCAACCAUUCUCCAAGCUUCUCCACCGACUCCAAGUUGGAUAAGGAGGUGAAAGACAGUCUGCUCUAUGACACCUUGGUCCUGAUCAACCUGGGAAGCUGCGACAAAAAGAAAGUCUUGGAGGAAGAGAAACAGCGGGGACGGCUCCUGCAGCAGUGUCCUUCUCGGGAGAUCAGGAUGGAGGAGGUCAGGGGUUUCCAGGCAGCGCGGAUUCAGAAAACUGAGAAAUACGAGAUGGAAAACUGUGGAGGGUUCCGACUGAUUUAUCCCAGCCUGAAUUUGGAGCAGUACGAGAAGUUCUUCCAGGACAAUAGCUCCCUCUUCCAGAAUACUGUCGCUUCCAGGGCUCGGGAGCUGUGUGCCCAGCAACUGAUUCAGAAGCUGAGGCAGAAACAGCAGAAGAAAACCUUCCAAACGAAAGAGAAGAAGGUGGAGACGCAGGGGGAGUCGGCCGGCGAACAAGUGCGAGUCAGGCGAGCGAGGAGCUGGCGACCCCCGCAGGAAGAGCAGACACACAAGACCACCACCCAUGCCCAGAAACAAUACUUCCGGCCAUUGGCGUUAGUGUCCUGCACAACUGGCUUGUUCUUGAGUGUCAGAGGCAUAAAGAAAGAGGAAACAGAGAGUAGCCUUGACCAGGAGGCCCCCAAGAAGAAGGUCGACUCGGUUCCCCACAAGCCUGCUCCCGUGAGGCACUACAGGUCUGUUCCUGACCUGAGGAGUUCAAGUCUCGACAGUUUGGGGAUAGAGCUCUGUAAGGCCAGUUCCCAAGUCAAAGAAGUCAAGUCCGCCUUUGCCAUGAACAUUCUUGACAGCACUAUGCCCUCGUCCUCAGUAGAAACACCCUCAGAAUGUGCCACCCGGAUCUCAACCUCUCUGGAAUCUCUGACAAACUUGAGUCUGACCACCAGCCCUGAACUAGACAGCCCAGACAGUGUCAGGAUGGUAUCCUCUAUGUGCAAGCAGCCGAAGACCCCCCAGAAGUUUGUCCAGGAGAAAACAUCAAAAUCUUCCAUGUCUGUAAAACCCCAGAACUUCUCACACCAUUUGGAUCCAAGCUGGGCCUUGCUAAAGAGCAACAUGAGGAGACAACAUCUGAUGUCAGAACUACUGUACAAGAUUCAGAUGAGGAGGAAGGCCUCCUUGUUCCGACCUCACUACAUCCCACAGCCGGUGCUGAGUGUCCAGUCACAAAACCCCUUGCUGUCCAGGGAGUGCUGCUCCCACAGCCGCCACAGCUUGGACAAGAAGAGGCCGCUGGAUAUCCCCUCCCUCCUCCUCCUGAAGAGUCGUCACAACCAUGUCAAUUCUCUGAAUGACCUUCGGGUGGUUGCCACUCAGGCCAGACUAGAUCCACGGCCUAGCAGAAGCCAUUCAGGGGCUGUGAGGGAACUCAGAUACACAGUACGCAAAGAUCAGAAUCACUGCCUGGUCUCUGACCAAAAAGACUGUGGGAGGAACUAG